AUGGUGAAGACCAACGUGGAACAACAACCUGCGGCGGAACGAAGUGAUUCGGUUUACCGAGGAGUGAGGAAGAGGAAAUGGGGAAAAUAUGUGUCGGAGAUCAGACUACCGAACAGCCGUCAGAGGAUAUGGUUGGGUUCUUAUGACUCUGCUGAGAAGGCGGCGCGUGCGUUCGACGCGGCUAUGUUUUGCUUACGUGGCAGUGGUGCUAGGUUUAAUUUUCCGGGUAAUAUUCCGGAGAUUGCUGGAGGAAGGUCUAUGACUCCUUCUCAGAUUCAAGCCGCUGCAGCCCGUUUUGCAAAUGCGGCUAGUCGUGACUCGGAUCCGGGUCGACCCGAUAAUAACGCUGUCGAGGUCGAUUCUUCAUCGUCGGAGGGUGCUGCAUUGUUGUUGCCUAUGGAAUCACAGUCUCCGGCGGUAUCCGAUUCGACUUUUCAGACAGAUUGUGAUUCGAAUCAAAACGGGUUGUUUUCAGAGUUGUUUGCGGUAAACGGGUCGGGUAGUGGUGAACUUGAUUACUCGGUUUUUCCUAGCUUUGAUGAUUUUGAAAGAGAUUUUUAUGUCCCGGAGCUGACAAAUUAUGAUUAUGGAGUAGAGAAUUUGGAUGGAUUAAUUAUUAACGACACUUUUUUAUGGAAUUUCUAA